AUGGGUCGUAUGCAUUCAUCUGUAUGUGGCAUCCACUUUCAAGCAUGGGGCUAAACCGCCUUUCAAAAAGAUACAGCUUUCUUAGCAUGCAACUGGAUUUAGACAUGAGCCUCGAUGCUUCAAGGAUCUUUCUCAAAGUAAACAACUCGCCUACGGUCGAUAGUCUUUUAAUGUACCUAGAGUUGUUGCUAUAUACGCUUUGAUUACUUGAUACCCUUGAACGUCUUGCAGGAUUCUUUUGUUGGACCUUUGACCUUGUGCGCUUGACACUGGACUUUUGGACGUGGAAAAAAAACUUUUCAUCGUCGGUCCGGGACCGGGUGUACAGGUCAAGGCCAUCUGUCUUCAGUUUGGCACUAGUUUGCUUUACCUUUCUCAUUGUUGCGUUCCCUCCCUUGCUACCUUUUUUUUUCAGUUGUAAAGGGCUAGGGUUUAGGGUUGGGAUCUGUGCUACUUCAGCGUCUUCUGCAACUAUUUCUACUCUGGGACGAAGUUUACUAACAUUUUUUUUUUCUUUUUUUUUCAACAGGGUAAAGGUAUUUCCUCAUCUGCUAUUCCAUACUCAAGAAACCCACCAUCAUGGUUCAAAUUGUCUGGUGAUGACGUUGUUGAGCAAAUCAUCAAGUACGCCAGAAAAGGUUUGACUCCUUCUUCCAUUGGUGUCAUCUUGAGAGACGCCCACGGUGUUUCUCAAACCAAGGUUGUCACUGGUAACAAGAUCUUGAGAAUCUUGAAAUCAAACGGCUUGGCUCCAGAAAUCCCAGAAGACUUGUACUUUUUGAUCAAGAAGGCUGUCUCAGUUAGAAAGCACUUGGAAAGAAACAGAAAGGACAAGGACUCCAAGUUUAGAUUGAUUUUGAUUGAAUCAAGAAUCCACAGAUUGGCUAGAUACUACAGAACCGUCAGUGUCUUGCCACCAAACUGGAAAUACGAGUCUGCCACCGCUUCUGCUUUGGUCGCUUAA